GGAGGGUGGGAGAUCUCGCGGAGAGAAAGAGCUCGGGGUUGACACCUCGGCUGGACCGUGAACGCAUCACACCUCGCACAGCCCCGGUCUCCGCCGCUUCUCGAGGCUGCUUUCAAAGCGUGUAGUGGCCGCGGGAGACGGCUGUCGUCUGCCCGGGCUCCCUCUUCUCCUCCUUCUCCUCCUCCUCCUCCCGCUCCUCCUCCUCUUCCUCCUCUCUCUGACUCCUGCGUGUCGGACUGCAUGUUCAGCCACACUGACUCCCUCUGCGUCGUCACUUCGGCCCCGCCGCUGCAGCCCGGGCGAGCAUGGACAGUCGGGUACUCGAGCAUCCUCACGCCCAGUUCGGAGGCUCCUUGGGCGGGCUGGUGGGCUUCCCGUACCCGCUCGGGUCCCAUCACCACCACCACCAUCCACACCACCACCACCACCCUCACCAGCACGCCUACGAGCUCGCCGGCGGGCACCAGCUGCAGUCCGCGGCCGUCGUGCCCUUCUCGAUAGACGGAUUACUUAACGGCUCGUGCUCGGCCUCUGUGGUCAGCAACUCGCUGCUGUCCGCUGACAGCCCGCAGUUCAAACUCUCAGAUUCUGGGGACCCGGAUAAGGACAGUCCCGGUUGUAAACGGAGACGGACGCGGACUAACUUCACCGGGUGGCAGCUGGAGGAGCUGGAGAAAGCUUUCAACGAGAGCCACUAUCCAGAUGUGUUCAUGCGGGAGGCGCUCGCGCUCAGGCUAGACCUCGUGGAGUCCAGGGUUCAGGUGUGGUUCCAAAACCGACGUGCUAAAUGGAGAAAGAAGGAGAACACAAAGAAAGGUCCAGGGCGGCCCGCACACAACUCCCACCCGACCACGUGCAGCGGCGAGCCCAUGGACCCCGAGGAGAUCGCACGCCGGGACCGAGAGCGGGCCGAGAAGAAGAAACGGAAGCAGGAGAGGAAGCUGCUGAAAUCCCAGAACAAACUCCUCGCCGGCGAAAGCUUCCACACGCCCGGGGGUUCUGAGAGCGACAGCGGCGUCUCGCAGUUCACCGACAGCGAGCAGCAGUCGACGAACAUCAACGGGACUAUACACAUCGACAUGCCGGCGACGAAGGGAGCAGGGGGACACCAAACUGAAUCCAGCUGUGACCAAACCAGACACGACUUCAGCCAACUGCAAAGCCACCAAAACCAAAGAACCGCGGGAGAACCGGAGCAGGUCUCUCCAGGCAGCACGCACAGCUCCAGCCCGGAAGGCCCCAGGUCCUCCACCCUGCAGAAGAGGAACCCUUUCAGCGUGGAGAGCCUCCUCUCUGACGCCACGCCUCGACGCAAAUCUCAGCUGGACUUCCCUUCACUGCCCAGUCAGAGGACACUGGUGGGUAAAGGUCACUUCUUGCUUUACCCCAUUACACAUCAGCCCUUGGGCUUUCUGGUGCCCCAGGCGGCCCUGAAGGCCACGUCGUGUCAGGACAACAUUAACAGGCUCAGCCUGGGACAGAGGAGCCCCGCUCCCUCUGACCUCUCCAGCUUUGUCAUUAAGCCUCUAAACUCGGAUCAUACGGAGCAUAACUCGCAGCAGCAGCAGCAGCAUCACCACAAUCACGUUAGCAAUAGAGCAGAAGGAGCAGACGGGGAGUGCGGCGGCGACUGCAGCGACGGAAGACUCCCCGCUUCCCCUUCAGCAGGCGGCGCGCACGCUCAGUCCACUCUGUCCAGGCUGAGCUCGGCGCAGUCCAGCCACGACAGCAGCGAGGACAGGACUCUGAAAGUUCAAGCGGAGGCAGCGGCCGCCGGCUGCCAAGCCGCAGAGCUGUGUGCAAAAGAGGAGCGAGCGUCUCCAGGCCUCUCCGAGUGUCUCAAGGCAAACACAGACUGUCAAGAAACACCCGGAACAGAUGGAGAAGAUGUCGAUAUGGACUAACACUUUGCGAGGAGCAAACAUAAACAAAGGACCAGGAACACUGCUCACACAAUUCAAACAUUCCCAAAGCUCUGCUGAGACACUCGAAGAAAACAUAUCAGGAAUCAGGAGACUUAACUCUCAUCUAUUUUUUAAUCAGAACGACGUGUGAUCAAUCCAGAUGGCGGCCCCCCAAACAGGCUGUGGCUGCCCUCUCCUUCUUCUUCUUAGGGCUUUAGGCCCAACACACCUUUUUAGAAGCAGCUGCUUUUAUUUUUUUUUCCCCUCCUUUUUCUCGGUGACCAACUUGUA